AUUUUAAAGUUUGGCAACGCUAGUGAUUUAAGUCAACUAAGGUAUUCCUUGCCGUAUUUAGGAGAGUUUAGCCUGCAGUUAAAAUGAGGAAAGUAUUUUUCUACUUGAUAUUCGUCAUUGAAGUCUGCAAAGAAGUCGUUUUUGCACAAGGAGCAGUAACUGCGAAUCCACCGGUUGCACCUGCUCUUGCGUUAGGAGGCUUUGUCCAGGCACUGCUCGAUAUGCAGAUUCGACCUCAUGGAGGCUAUUACGAAGAAAAGUACAAAGAAAUCUUCCAUGAUGAUGGCGCUCCAGAAGUUGUAGUUUUGGGCAAGCGACGCACUGAUUCUCAACCAGAAUUACAGUUUAAAGAAAUCUUAUCGCAAGAUGGAAAAUUGCUUCAAGAUGCAACUCUCGGUAAAAACCCAAACCCUUGUUUUGAAAGUGACCGAAUUCAUCGCAAUCGUUUACUGGCUUUGGUGUGUGCAAUGCAGUUGAGAAAUGUAUGGCAUAGGAACACCUAGAUGAUCCUUCAGCAACAGCUUAUUUCAAAUUGAAAUCUGUUUUCUCUUCUGUAGUUUUCUCUUUUCGUUUGAACUAGGAACAAAUUAAAAGAUUACUCUUUCUGCUUAAGGCUUAACAUUCAAAGCUGAGUCUUCAACGUUGUACAUGAGUAAAGAACAGAAGACUUUAGUUUCACUGAAAUCAGUUAUUUUCUCUCCAUAAAUGAAUGACUUUGCGCGAAGCAGACCAUGACUAAGGAAUAUUGCGUUCUGAUAAAAAUACUCGUAUGGCAAAUGUCAGUUCUCUAUUCUGUUAAAUGUAGAAAUUGAAAGAGUACUAAAUGUCGCAGUUUUUCCGCGGGAUGGUGGAACAAUAAAUUGGAAGAUUAAGGGAGUUUUUAAAUUUUUCAAUCGAAAUCCAUGAAUUUUUAAUCUAGAGCUUUUAUUAUUUUUACAAUCCCUAAUCUUCUGUUCGUAUAUUUAUUAAACAUUUUACUAUUUUAUUGUUACUAAAAAUAAAAAUAAAAAUAAAUAAAAUAUUGGUUGUCCAUUUUCUUGCAUAUUUCGUACUAGUACAAAAAGUGGAUCUAUUAUUUUUGUAUAUUCAGUACAGGAAAUGGAUUCUUUAGUGUUUUUCCUUAAAGAAACCUCGAGUGACAUAAACACUAACAUGUAAAGAAUAGAUUUAAACAAACUGAAUUU